AUGGUGCCCGAGUUAGACCGAAGACCCGAGGAUGGUGAAUGCGAAUUUGAAGGCUUCAGUGACGAAGAUGAGGAUGAAAUGGAGGUCGAGUUCAUGAGUCAAUACAGUAGGUCUGCCGAAUCAAGUGAUCUGGAAAACGAUUCGGACGUUGAAGAAAGUGACUCGCCAUCGGAUAAUGAGUCCGACUAUAUCGCUUCUACAGUACCAGCCGAAAUACCGGACAGUAACAUCAUCACUCCCGCCAAUGAUGAACACUUCGUCCCAGACCAUACGGGAAUUUCUUCAUCAUCCCACUCUUGUUGUCAAGAAACCGAGUUCUGGUUUCUGAAAUCAGACAGCCUGGACUACUGUCUAGUUGAGGUUGAUGAAGACGAACCAUAUUUGCAAGAUCUGCCUAUCCUCUGCCGUGAAAACAUUGGCCAACUCGGCUCCGAAUCAGUCGAUGUUACAGCAGCUACGUGCUCCGGAAAUAUUCUUACGGGUGUCCUGUCCCCAUAUCUGUCAUUGAUUCGCCUCCCAAAUGCCACACGAUACACAAAUAUCUUAUCAGUGCGGUUUGAAGGAUGUCUCCAGCAGGGAGAUUCCGGCUCAAUGGUUCGAGACGCCAGAACUGGGAUGAUAUAUGGUCACAUAAUCGCAGGUGACCCAGGAUCUAAAGUUGCAUUUAUCGUCCCUGCUGUCGAUGUGUUCAAUGAUGCUAUGGAAAAAUUCACACACAUUGAUGAAGCUUCUGUGAAAUGUCAUGCUAGAAAAUGGACAGAUCAGGCGGAAUCAACUAAAAGCCGCUGGGAAAAUCCAGAACUGUCCAUCCAAAAAUUUUGGAAAUUCCCAUCUUACCGCGAGAAUUCUAUUCCCGAUGGUUCCACAAUCCACCUUCGCAGAGUGCCUUGCUUCUCUCUUCCAAGGCCGCGAGAAGGGUAUGCGACAGCAGUAGCGGCAGCCUACGCUAAAGAAUCUCAUUCGGUGGUCCCUAUCGAUCAGGUCAAUGAUACUACAAUGGCACGAGACCCUCUAGAAGACUCUGUUCACCGCUUCAAUGUCCCACUAGACCUUACUGCAGUGCCUACAGUUGAAAGCUUUGUAAGGCGACAAGACGAGCUGAAGCACCUAUGGCAGUACUUACAGCCAGUGGAUCCACAAUCACGGAAAGUAGCCGUCCUUCAUGGCCUCGGAGGGAUAGGAAAGACACAGCUAGCUAUCCGCUUCGCCAGAGAUCACAAACACGAUUUCACUGCCAUUUUCUGGCUUAAUGGCAAGGAUCGGGUUACACUCCUACAAUCUUUGAGCUCUAAUUUAUCCCGGUUACCAGGAAAAUCCCAGAACAAGGAGGCGAUCAACGAAGAGGAAGUGAAGAAGCGAGCGAGAGAGGUCUUACAGUGGCUAGCAUUAGAGGGCAAUUCACGCUGGCUAGUCAUUUUCGAUAACAUCGACCAAUACUCUUCUGACAACAACAGCGCUGCUGACGAGACAUAUGAUACUGGAGAUUUCUUCCCUAUAGCUGACCAUGGUUCUAUUCUGAUUACCUCUCGCCUUCAGGAAUCGACUGAGCUAGGAAAGUCAUUUAUGCCUCAAACUGGAACAAGCGCCAUUGAGUACUUGCAUUGUUACCAAGCAUCUGAUCCCGACAUCGCAGCGCUCGACAAUAAUUCACUGCAUAUUCGCAAGGCGCCUGACUUCUCUCUUCCAAAGCCACGAGAAUACCAAACUUGGGAGCCGGUGGGGGGAUACACUGUCGGUUGGAUUUGCUCAUUGGACACCGAGUAUGCCGCCGCCGGAGCCAUGCUUGACGAAGGAGAAGAUUACCCAUCUUCAUAUCAAACGCACAAAAGUACUAGCUAUUCACGCACCAAGGAUAGAAAAUGGGUUCUGGAUCAAUCAGAAUUACAAGCAUGGAAAUCUAAACCUGACAGCAACCUCUUGUGGCUCCGUGGAAACCCUGGUGCUGAGUAUCUAUAUGAAGGUGAGAACUAG